UUUGGGUGCAUGAGAGCAACAGCCCUGGCGUGAUGCACGGUCUGCUCCUCUCCUUGCAGCGAUGCCGGGGCAGAGCUGGCGAUGGAUCACCCGGAGCUGGGGAGCCCCCGGGGCCGCAGCCCCCCUCUACCGUCCCCCAGCCCCUCCCGCUCCCUCCGGGCACGGGCGGCCGCCCCCUCUCCCCGGACACGGCGAUGGGGCUGCAGAAGCUGCUGUUUGGGAACACAACCCCCCUGUUCAGCUGUGAGUGGGCAGCAGCACACUUCAGGUUCCGCCAGCCACACUCUGACCUGGCCUACGCGCUGCAGGCAGGGAAGGGGGGAACGAGAGCUGUUCUGAUGGCCGUACAAGCACACAUCAUCACAUACCUGCUCUUCACAAGAGACACAGAAUAUACUCACCUGGACAGGCUGUGCCGGAUCGGGCGGCAGGAACAGGGGCAGGCACUGGCCGUGGCCCUGGCAGAGACCCUGUGGGCAGCAGGAGGAGGUGGCAGAGCCGUCGUCUGCCUCACCACCACAGCUGGCACCGCGAUGCCACGCGCAGGCUGCAGAGCAGAAACCUUCACGGACAGAAUCCGGCUCUUUGAGUUCUCGGAGAAAGCUGCAGCUCAGGAGUUCAUCUCCCACCACAUAAACUGUUUCAGGUGUGAAGGAAGCCACGGAGUGAUCCUAUUUUUAUACAGUUUACUUUUCUCUAGGACACUUGAAAGGGUCCAAGAGGAUUUGGGUGACACAGCUCCUCUGCUGAACGUCAGUUCUGGAAAUGUCACCUGCACAGAGGCCGUGCUCAGCCUCCUCCUGACGGGACGGGCGAGCCCCCGGGAGCUCGACAGUGGGGCCGGGGAGGCCCGGGGGCAGCGGGGCCCGGUGGGCUUCCUGCGCUGGGAGCGGGCGGCGGAGCGGCAGGUGAGAGAGGCAGGUGAGAGCGGCAGGCACGGAGUCCUCUUCGGCACCGACCCCCGGCUGCUCUCCCACUGGAGAGCAGAGAGGCUCUUCCACCUCUACUUCUACAGCGGGCAGCAGGAGCAGACCCGGACGGCACAUCUGACCAUAGACACUCACUCGCGUCACUGGGAAGAGGCACCAAGUGCAGACGCCUGCAGCCCAGGGAAGAGGUGCCCGGCCCUGGAGAUGGCAAUCAGGACCAAGUGGGCAGGUGCCACCGUCAGCUGGAAUGGGACAGACCCCUUCUUCUGA